AUGCCGUCAAACAGGAUACAUUGCGUCAUCCCAAACUUCCUUCACUUAAAGAAACCAUUUGCACUUCAAACAAUUCAGACCCUCAUCUUAUCUCCAUCAGUUUCCACACCAACCAUAAAACCCCGUUCAUCCUACUCUUCAUCAGCCUACGAUAUUAAACAAAAACUACUGCAUAACCACCAAAACAACCCUCGCUUCCCCGCAGGUCCAACAUCACCGCCUGCACUGCAGCUUACUUCACCUCGAUCCUCCCUAUUCUCCACAGCCUCAAUAAUCAUGUCUGACGGCUACAUUUCCUUCCUGGACAAGGCAAACGCAGACCCGAAUGCCGGCUACGCGCAGCAAGGGACCGACUCCAUUCGGACCGAGACCAUCCAUACAUCUGUCCAGGUCCCCGCAUCACUCGCAUCAGUCGACAAAUACUACACCUCUGACACAGACGAACCAUUCGAGCCUGUUGCGCUCAAGUGGGAUGGUGCAAGCCGGGGAGAUUGGCCUAGUGCCGAUCAAUUUUCCAAUUUGAUUUCCCCAAACAAAGACCUCUCGGAGGACAUUACCACCCUUUCGGCUUCCUCCUUCGAUCCGAAGAAUCAGUAUUCUACUGUUUUCCGGGCUGUGCGUGCUGCAGCUGUUGAGCAUGAUGAUACUGUAGACCAGUCUUCUAUUGAUGUCAAGGUUUAUCGUGUUGAGUUGAGCAGCACGAAGCUUGAGUACUGGGUUUUGGCCUUGAGUGUGGCUGAGGGCCAGGUUGUUGGUCUUCGGGCUAAGGCUGUUGAGAGUUGA